AUGCAUCAUCUAACACUACUGCCCGACGAGCUUCUUGCUGAGAUCCUAAAUUGGGCGACGCUGACCGGCCACGCUGCUCAACUUAGACCUCGGAAACGCGAUUAUGACACUGUACAGUCAUUGUCACGAGUGAGCCAGCGCUUUCACCGCGUUGUGACGCCAUUUCUGUAUGAAGAGAUUAGAUUUGCCCAUCCAACUCUUUGUCAACGUUGCAUGGUGCCUCCAAUGGCGAAAGCACGAAAGCUCCAUCAACUACUUCAGCUCAAUCCAACACUACGACCGCUAUGCGUUUCGUUGUAUAUCGAUAUCGAUGAUUCAGGCGCAAACACAGAGGAGAACUUUCAAGUUCUUGAUGAUAUGGUCUCCUGGUUUACAAGGCUUCGGUCGCUAGUGAUCGUGGGUGGCUUUUUCUCAAAGGGGCCAGAAAAGGUCCGAGAGAGAACUCUGUCUUUGAUUCAUCGCACCCAAAGUCUAAAGCAACUCAAAGAGUUUAAGAUUGAAGGGAACAUGUGGGAUGAGAUUGGAGGGGUCUCUUUAGCAGAGACUGUGAAAUAUGCCAAUUCCCACUCUCUACAAACAUUGGAGAUAUCUGCGGCUGGGCUUUCUAAACCCUCUAGUAUUCCAGAUAUGCUUGUUCCUCAGACAUCUCGAUCUGCAUCGUUUACUUCUGUGAGAUUAAUGGGAUGUAAAGAUUAUCCCAAGGCAAUUGCAGCUCUGAUCCAUUGGCCUAAGGAACUAGUUCAUUUCACUAUCAACACCUCUGGAAGCUUCGUUUCGGAUAUGAAUCUGCAUGAUAUUGGCAUGUGUCUUUCUAUUCAUAAAGAUACCCUGAAGUCAAUCUAUAUAGACCUACUGGGUUUCCCACAUGGGCUAUCCUUUAACGCCGCCAAUUUCCCCCAGCUGGAGGUGCUUCGGUUAUCACGAACCCAGAUCUGCGAGGAUCCCUGGAAUCGCAAGUUUGAAUGGGAACCAGUCUACGCGGACCUUCUUCUGGGACCUAACUUAAAUACUUUUGGUCUCGUGUUUGGAGUCAUGGGUCACAGUUUAAUCAACAAUUGGGGACAUAAAGAGGAAGAAUGGAUUCGACAGCUGGCUAAGGCGGCGUGGAAGCGAAAGGCAGCGUUGAAAACCAUCGAGAUCACUUUCUCUCCUGUGAGUCCGUAUCCUAAUCUCAAGCAGGGGAUUUAUCCCGACUGGGAGUAUGUAUACCCUUGGGAUCGAAUGGAUAAACUUGGGGGCCAAAUCCAGCGAUACGGGUUAACGUUGGAAUAUACGGCUCCCCCUUGGACGAAAGAAGAGUGGUUAUCUGAGGUUAAUCAUUGUAGUCAUAGUGUUAUUCCUUGUGGAAACGAUGAUGGUGAAUUUGACGAUGCAUAG